AUGAAGGUUUAUAAAAUGCUGGGUGCCACUGAAGCUGUGCACAGUGGCACCAUGUGUUACUGGCCUCAGAGAAUCCACAUGCUUUACAUACAACUUUCUAACUCCUUUUGGUCCCUGCACUUCCUUUUCCUGGUUUUCCUCUUAAUGGUCCUCCAUACUGAAUGUGUGACUCAGAUCUAUGAAAAUACAUACUUCCAAGGAGGAGACCUUGCUACGGUUUUUACACCAAGUGCCAAUUACUGCCAAGUAGUGUGUACUUACCAUCCUACCUGUCUGCUCUUCACCUAUUUGCCAGCUGCAUGGACUGAAGAUCCCACGAAAAGGUUUUCCUGCUACUUAAAAGACAGUGAUACAGAAAUGCUGCCAAAAGUGGACAUGGAAGGAGCUAUCUCUGGACAUUCUUUAAAACAGUGUAACGUCCAAAUUAGUGCUUGCAGCCCACACGUCCACACAGGACUGGAUAUGGAAGGGAAAAUUUAUGAUGUUGCUAUGGCUGAUAGCUAUCAACAGUGUCAGAAAAGAUGCACCAAUGACAACCAUUGUCAUUUUUUUACAUAUGCCUCAGAAACAUUUCACAAUGCAAGCUUUCGUAAAAAGUGCUUCUUGAAACAAAGCAGUGUAGGAACUCCAACCAGCAUAAAGGUGCUUGAUGAGGUUGUGUCUGGAUUCUCUUUAAAGCCAUGCCAGCUUUCUGAAAUAGAUUGUCAAAUGGACAUUUUUGAAGAUCAGGAAUUUUCAGGAAUGAAUAUUACAAGUUUUUUCACUCCCGAUAUCUCUGUCUGCCAAACUAUUUGUACAUAUUUUCCAAAGUGUUUGUUCUUCACAUUCUUUACCAGGGAAUGGCAAAUAGAAUCCCAAAGAAAUCUUUGCCUUCUGAAGACAUCAACAAGUGGGAUACCAGAGGCACUUAUAUCACGAGAAAAUGCUGUAUCGGGCUUUGGUCUCCUAAAUUGCAGAAGAUCCUUUCCUGCCUGCAAUUCUCGUACUUACAUGCAUAUGAAUUUUUUGGGAGAUGAACUCAAUGUCACUUAUACUAAAGGACACAGAGCCUGCCAGCAGGUUUGCACAGACGUGAUCCGCUGCCAGUUUUUUACCUACUUUCCCCUCCAAGAAUCAUGCAAUGAGGAAGGAAAAUGUGAGUGUCACCUGAGAAUGUCCUCAAAUGGAUCUCCAGUGGAAAUAAUACAUGGGCCAGGAAGGAUCUCUGGAUACUCAUUAAGAUUGUGUAAAAAAAAAGCCAGUACUGUUUGUAUGCAGCAUUCUGCAAGAAAUAUUAGGAUCGUUGGAGGGACAGACUCUUCCCCUGGUGAAUGGCCGUGGCAAGUCAGCUUGCAUGUGAAGUUGUCUCGUCAGAGACACCUCUGUGGGGGCUCUAUCAUCAGCAACAGGUGGAUUCUUACAGCUGCUCACUGUGUUAUGAGUCUUGAGAAUCCCAACAUUUGGCGUGUUUAUGCUGGUAUUUUAAAACAAUCAGAAAUAAAUGAGGAUACGCCCUUCUUCAGAGUGGAAGAGAUUAUUGUUCACCCUCAGUAUAAAUACGCACAGACUGGAUAUGACAUUGCUUUAUUGAAACUUGAUAAACCUAUGAAUUUUACUGAUCUUCAACUACCUAUUUGCCUGCCAGCAAAAGAAGAUGCUAACGUACUUUAUACUGACUGUUGGGUAAUUGGAUGGGGUUACAGAAAAGAAAAAGGUCGUGUAGAAGAUAUUCUUCAGAAGGCUACUGUUCCCCUCAUGUCAAAAGAGGAAUGCCAGGCAAGGUACCGGAAGCGCAGAAUAGGUGACAAAGUGAUCUGUGCUGGCUAUGAUCAAGGUGGAAGGGACGCUUGUAAGGGAGCUUUUGUCUCUACCUCCACAGACCAUUCAAGAGUUGAAAACGUGGAGGUGUUUCAGCGGCUCCCUCCCUGAUUUGCACUGACAGCAAGGAUGAAAGUGCAUCACCAAAAGAGGAGUUUCUCCAACGUUGUCAUCAGUACCUGGAGAUUGAAGGUGUUGGCUCAGCUGUACCCUGUCUUGUCCAUAAGCAGUGAAGAAGACAGAUUCAUAGUGCCAGUGUUGGAGGCAGAUGUGGAAAGUGCAAUUACAGAAGUGAUUGUGGUGAUAACAAAGGCAGUGUAA